UGGGAGACCCGCCUCGUUACCUCAACGACCGCCCAAUCCAAUUGAUUCCGUCUCACUCAGCUUCUGUCUCCCCCAAAACUCAAUUCGUCCCGGCCUCCCGUUUUCGUCUCUUCCUCUUCUCUCUUUCCCGUAUCACCACAACUUGUUUCUUCUUUUUUCAUCAUCUCUUUUGCAAAGCAUUGAUUGAUUGAGAGGGAGAGCGUUGCGUGCGAGCGAAUUCCGCUACAACUUGGUUUUCUUUUUUCUUUUUGAAACUUCAUCCUUCUGCAUCUAUAGCCAUGGCGACGCUCCUCAAGCGCAAACGCUCCGCCGGCGAGCUCUGCCCUCCCUCCGCCGACAACUCUAUGAUGGUCCUCGACGCACCGGCCCUGCACAGCCGCACCCUCAAGCGCUACCGCGACAACAGGCCGUCGGACGAGGAGGUCCAUCGUAAGUUCUACGAAUGGCGCGCCCACCACCAUCUGAGCCCCAACUCAUCAUGCCUGCCCGCAGAGCACACCCUGGACCUGCUGUACUCGGCACAACAGAGGCCGUCGCAGGGCCAGCAGCAGCAGUCUCAAGACCCCGUCGUCGAACAGCCGGCCGCGAACGCGAACUCGAACGGCCAGCAGCAGCAGCAGUCGCUGCAUCGCUUCUGGGACAUCCAUGGCUCCGAGCCCAGCUCCGGCACCUCGUCGCCCGGCAUCGCCAACCCUCUCGCGCCGGCUACCAAUUGCGACGACUGCGGCGCUGCCCUGGCCGGGACCGACGACGACGGCAUGGACGUGGACGGCGGCUCUGUGCAGGACGCGGACACGGCGUGCGGCGCGUGCGGGAAGCACGUCUGCUUCAGCUGCUCGGUGAGCAACCUCGGCGAGCAGAAGCGCUGCCUUCAAUGCGCCGGCCGAAGAGUCUGGAUCGGCGGCAUUGGCUGGACUAAUGCCGGCGUCUCGGUUUGUUAAAUGCAUGAAACUUGAAAACCCCCCAUGUUUUUGGAUUGGUAUUUUGUUUUCUUUUCACUUUUCAUCUUCUUAUUCUAGUACUCGACUAUGAUUUGGGCGAGCUUUUGAGGAGCUUUUUGCUUUGGGACGGCAGGCGUUAUCAGGGUAUGCGCAUAUAUGUGUGUGUAAUGUCUGCAUGGCAUUGAUUGAUGAAGAAAAGCCAAGGGUUGGCUGCAUAGCUGGCAUGCUUUAGCGGGCAUUAGUGUCUUGUAUAAUACGGG